AUGAGCGUCGAAACUAACCACCGGAGUCUAAACCAAGUCAAAUUUUUUUUUGAAAGCAGUGAAGUUUUUGGACACCGCUCAGAUCUAUUGAGAGAGACGCACACUAGAGAGACUGCUCCGAAACCAUAACCAAAUCUCUCUCUCUCUCUCUCUCUCUCUCUCUCUCGCUCUCUGCGAGCUUGAAGAAAGCUCUGCCUUUAACAAUGCCAGCCACUGACGCAGACUUCGAUCUCAGACCGUCUCCUCAGUCCGCCUUCGCAAUCGGAGAGUACGCAUUUGCCGAUGUCGGGAAUUUAGAGCAUUGUAUUAAGUAUUUGAAUCAGACCCUUGUUACCUUUGGAUUCCCGGCUUCACUUGAUCUCUUUGCAAAUGAUCCGGUUUCUGUUGCUCGGACUUGCAAUUGUAUGUAUUCGUUAAUUCAGCAGAGACAACGUGAUGUCGAAUUUCGAGAGUCUGCUAACGAACAGAGACAGCGGCUAUUGUCAGACAUAUCAAGAUUAGAAGCUAAAGUUGAGAGGCUUGAGGGGCAGUUACAAGCCAAAGAUAGGGAGAUAGCAACAAUAACACGAACGGAAGCUAAAGCUACAGCAGCUUUUAAGUCCCAAAUUGACAAACUACAGCAGGAGCGCGAUGAGUUUCAGAGGAUGGUCAUCGGCAAUCAGCAAGUUAGGACUCAACAAAUGCAUGAGAUGAAGAAAAAAGAAAAGGAGUACAUAAAGUUGCAGGAGAGGCUAAACCAAGUGUUGAUGGAGAAAAAGAAGGAAUCUAGAUCAGGCAUGGAGAUAAUGAAUUUACUUCAGAAAGAAGGGCGGCAGCGUGGAACAUGGAACGGAAAGAAGGCUGAUAAUGAAUUUUAUAAAAAGAUUGUGGAUACUUAUGAGGCAAAAAAUCAAGAAUUGAUUGCAGAGAAUGCUGAUUUAAAGGCAUUAUUGCGAUCAAUGCAGGUGGAUAUGCGUGAUUUCAUAAAUGCUCCAAAUGGGCAAUCCAAGCAGUCUCUGGCUGCCAAUGAACGAGUUGAAACUGACCACACACAGUCUCCAUUGGGUGGGAGGACGGAUGUCUUUGAUCUGCCUUUUCACAUGGCGAGAGAUCAAAUAGAAGAAAGUCUCCGAAAUAAGAUGGCUUCCAUAAAGGAGCGCAUGGUUCAAUUGCAAGAUGCACAAAAAGAAGCAGAGGUUACAUCUGAAGUAACUGAGAGGGAGCUUGAGCUUGAAGCCCAACUGGUUGAGGCGAGGAGCAUAAUCCAAGAGCAGGCAUCCAUAAUGUCUAAACAAUUGGCCAAGUCUGAGAGACCGAGGAAUCUGAAUGGCCAUUUUAAUUCUGGCAGGGAGUCUAUCAUUUCGUCCCCCGCUGAGGGGGUAAGAAAUUAACCAGCUUGGUCCUACCCAAAAUUUUUAGCGCCAAUGUCAAAGAUUAUUUGAAGUUGGCUGUAUGAUGAGAUGAAUGGCAGCAGGCAUGUAAGCUAUUGUAGACUUAUUUCUGACCAGAGCACCCAGAAAAGAUAUUUCAGUAUGUAUAACCUAGAAGACUUAAUCUGUAUUGCCAAUGUAAUUAUUAUCUAGCUUUCCUUAUGAAUAUGUGUUUAAACCAGUUCUAGUCCAGUUUUGUUUAUCUUUUA